AUGGCACCUUAUGAGGCUUUGUAUGGUCAUAACUGUCGUACUCCUCUAUGUAAGAUUGAGUUGGGUGAGCGACGGAUUUUGGAUCCUGAGUUGGUUUCUGAGAUCAAAGAUAAGGUUAGACUGAUUCGAGAUCGCUUAAAGGUGGCUUCAGAUAGACAGAAGUCUUAUGCAGAUCUAAAGAGGAGAGAUAUCGAGUUCAUCGGGCUGUAUCAGAUUCUGAAGUGUGUGGGAUCAGUCGCUUCUCAGUUGGAGCUACCUCCAGAGUUGGACCGUAUCCAUGAUAUGUUCCACAUCUCCAUGUUGAGGCGGUACCGGUCCGAUCCAUCUCACAAUGUCUCUGUUGAGGAGAUCGAAGUUAGACUGGAUUUGACUUUUAAGGAGGAGUCGGUUCAGAUUUUGGAUCAAGAUAUUAAGGUUCUGAGAAGAAAGUCCAUUCUGUUAGUAAAGGUUCUGUGGCAGAAUCAUGGGAUUAAGGAAGAAACGUUGGAACUUAAGGACUCGAUGCAUCAGUAG